GAGGCGCAAACAGACCCGCCCGCUUCUGUAGCUGCCCCACCUUCUCAGUAAAGUUACGGCGAGUUCAGGAGCUGGAACAGCAGGGCACAGACGGAAGGCUGUAUUUAGCCGUGUCCACUCCAGGGGUUGGAAAUGUCCGAGAUGUUUAGUAGCGAGGUGUUCCUCGCUUACUCUACUUACAGCACCAUCGUGCUGCUGAAGAUGCUACUGAUGGGGCCCCUGACUGGAUACUUCAGAGUCAAACGGAAGGCAUUUGUCAGUGCUGAAGAUGCUUGGGCACAUGGUGCAACGGAUGAAGAAUCAAAAAAGCAAUUAAUGAGGACCGACCCUUAUGUGGAGCGUGUGAGAAGAUGCCAUCGGAAUGACCUGGAGAACAUUAUUCCAUUCGUAAGCAUUGGUCUGCUGUAUGCCCUCUCUGGCCCUGACCUGAGUACAGCUGUAAUGCACUUCAGAAUCUUUGCAGCUUCCAGAAUCUUCCACAGCAUUGCUUAUCUGGUUCCUCUUCCCCAGCCAUCACGUGGUUUGAGCUGGAUGGUGGGGUUGGGAGUGACCUUUUCGAUGGUCUAUGGAGUGCUGAAGGCAGGAGUGCACCUUUGAGUGAAAUCAACAAUUGUUUACCCAACAUUUUAGAUUCGUUUCUAUUCUUGCAUUUAUUGAAACCACUAAUUGUAUGCAAGAUGCAAGCUUUAUGAUUAAAUGUAAAAUUGCAAAAGACCAGUGAAUACAAAAAUAAAUUUUAAAUCAGA